AAAUAGAAAUGACGUGGCAAACAAGAACCUUAAAGGGUUUCUCCGUGCAGAAUCCAACACCUACUUCUACUGGAUCUUUUCCAUAAUCAUAACAUUAAUUUGGGGUUUACACCACUUGUACUUCUCUCACUACCCACUUCCGCACUAUACCAAACUGAUUUCUGGGUAAUAUAUAUCAAGAUUAAUGGCUGCUUCUGCAACUAUGGUUGUGAGUAACAAGUUGAUUGUGAAUUCAAGUAAUGGGGAUUAUAAGGUGUGGGAAGAUCCAUCGUUUAUCAAAUGGAGGAAGAGGGAUUCUCAUGUUUCACUCCAUUGUCAUGAUUCUGUUGAAGGUUCUCUAAAGUACUGGUAUGAACGAAACAAAGUGGACGUUCUUGCUGCAAAAUCAGCAGUUUGGGACGAUGAUGCUGUUUCCGGAUCAAUUGAAUGUGCCAAACAUUGGGUUAAAGAUAUGCCUUUUGUUAAAUCGUUAUCCGGUUACUGGAAAUUCUUCCUUGCACAAAGUCCUACCGCUGCUCCUUCAAAUUUCCAAGAUACAGCGUUUCAAGACUCUACAUGGGAAACAAUACCAGUACCAUCAAAUUGGCAGAUGCAUGGGUUUGAUCGACCCAUAUAUACAAAUAUAAUAUAUCCGUUUCCACUUGACCCACCCCGUGUUCCCGAUGAUAAUCCCACUGGCUGCUACAGGACAUAUUUUCAACUUCCAAAAGAUUGGGAAGGUCGACGGGUAUUACUACACUUUGAAGCUGUUGAUUCUGCUUUCCACGUGUGGAUCAACGGGUCUCUUGUUGGAUACAGUCAAGACAGUAGACUGCCGGCUGAAUUUGAAAUCACCGAUUUCUGUCAUGAGUGUGGAUCUGACAAGAAGAAUGUUAUAGCUGUGCAAGUAUAUCGAUGGAGUGAUGGUUCUUAUCUUGAAGAUCAAGAUCAUUGGUGGUUGUCUGGUAUUCAUCGAGACGUGCUUCUGUUAUCCAAACCAAAGGUAUGCAUAGCAGACUAUUUCUUCACUUCGAAUCUAGUGGAAGAUUAUUCCUAUGCAGACCUCGAGGUUGAAGUAAUACUUGACAAGUCAACGGAGGUCAAUGUCAAUAAAGAUGUCAAAAUUGAAGUCACACUGUUCGAUAUUAGCGGUAACGAGUGUACUGAUCUUCUAUCGACUGAUGUGGCACGUUUAGAGCUUCAUCCCCCUCCUAGAAUGCCUUUAGGGUUUCACGGAUAUCGACUAACUGGAAAACUGAAAAAUCCCAAGCUUUGGUCUGCAGAGCAACCAAAUCUUUAUACUUUAGUAGUCACCCUGAAAGAUGCAUCGGGUAAUAUCGUCGACUGUGAAUCAUGUCAAGUGGGCAUUCGGAAGAUUUCAAAAGCCCCGAAACAGUUACUUGUUAAUGGGCAUCCAGUUAUGAUCAGAGGGGUAAACAGGCAUGAACACCAUCCACGUAUAGGAAAGACGAACAUUGAAUCUUGCAUGGUUAAGGAUUUGGUUUUAAUGAAAGAACAUAAUAUAAAUGCUGUUAGAAACAGUCAUUAUCCUCAACAUCCAAGAUGGUACGAGUUAUGCGAUUUGUUUGGAAUGUACAUGAUAGACGAGGCCAAUAUCGAGACACACGGUUUUGAUCUUUCUCACCAUGUCAAGCAUCCAACUCAAGAACCGAUUUGGGCCUCGGCUAUGUUGGAUCGCGUUAUUGGCAUGGUGGAAAGGGACAAAAACCACGCAUGCAUUAUUUCUUGGUCUCUCGGAAAUGAAGCAAGCUAUGGACCAAAUCAUGCUGCUCUUGCUGGUUGGAUUCGUGGAAAGGAUCCUUCCCGAGUUAUACACUACGAAGGUGGUGGGUCUCGGACCCCAUCAACAGACAUUGUAUGUCCUAUGUACAUGCGUAUCUGGGACUGUGUUAAGAUAGCAAAAGAUCCAACCGAAACGAGACCGCUAAUAUUGUGCGAGUAUUCGCAUGCCAUGGGCAAUAGCAACGGGAACAUUCAUGAAUACUGGGAAGCCAUUGAUAGCACAUUUGGUCUCCAAGGAGGAUUUAUAUGGGAUUGGGCUGACCAGGGGCUACUCAAAGAAAGUAGUGACGGUAGCAAGUUCUGGGCUUAUGGCGGUGACUUUGGAGAUACCCCUAAUGAUUUGAAUUUCUGCAUGAAUGGUCUCGUAUGGCCCGAUCGGACCCCUCAUCCUGCACUAAAUGAGGUCAAGUAUUGCUAUCAACCAAUUAAAGUGUCAUUCACCGAUGGCUUAUUUAAGAUCACAAACACCAAUUUCUUUCAAACAACCGAAGGGGUAGAGUUUAGUUGGGUGAUUGAAGGUGAUGGAUGUAAGCUUGAGUCGGGAAGUCUCAAUCUACCGAUGUUAGAUCCACAAAGCAGUUACGAUAUCAAAUGGGAAUCCAGCCCGUGGUAUCCAUCAUGGGCCUCGUCCUCUGCUGCCGAAACCUUUUUGACUAUUACCGCAACUCUUUCUAAGCCCACACGAUGGCUUCAAUCUGGUCAUGUUGUGUCGACUCAACAAAUCGAGUUACCUUCAAAAAAAGACUUCAUCUCCCCUGCCCCAAAGGUUAAAAAAGUCGCAUUGAAUUAUGAAAUCAUAGACCAUAAACUUACCAUCCGACAUAACGCCUCAGAGAUAACGUUCGACAAUGAGUCUGGUGCGAUUGAAAGCUGGACGGUCGAAGGAGUUCCCGUGAUGCGUAAGGGCAUAACACCAUGCUUUUGGCGUGCACCUACCGACAAUGACAAAGGAGGAGAAGACAACAGUUAUCUCUCAAAAUGGAAAGCCGCGAAUCUCGAUAACGUUGUCUUCGUUAAAGAGAGCUCAAAUGUUAAGAAGAUCACAGACCAGCUACUAGAAGUAACCGUCGUGUUUAACGGUUUUUCAAAGGGUGGUGAAAACGAAAACCCUCUUUUCAAAGUCGACAUGAAAUACUCAUUCUACGGUUCUGGAGACGUUAUUUUGGUUAGCCAUGUGAAACCAAGAUCAGAUCUUCCACCUUUGCCACGUGUUGGGGUCGAAUUCCAUUUGGAGAAGUCGAUAAAUAAUGUUAAGUGGUAUGGAAGAGGCCCGUUUGAAUGUUAUCCGGAUCGAAAAGCGGCUGCGCACGUGGGGUCGUAUGAGAAAAAGGUGGAUGAGAUGCAUGUUCCUUAUAUAGUUCCGGGAGAAUGUGCGGGCCGAGCUGAUGUUAGAUGGGUUGCAUUCCAAAAUGAUCAAGGCUCAGGCAUCUAUGCUUCCGUUUAUAAUGACUCUCCACCGAUGCAAAUGAAUGCAAGUUAUUAUAGCACAACGGAGCUUGAUCGUGCAACACGCAAGGAAGAACUUGUGAAGGGAGAUGACAUUGAGGUGCAUCUUGACCACAAGCAUAUGGGCAUAGGUGGCGAUGACAGUUGGUCUCCCGCGGUUCAUGACAAAUACAUGAUUCCACCUUCACCAUGCACUUUCUCCAUCAGGUUCUGUCCGAUAACUGCUGCUACAUCUCCCCAUGAUAUCUAUAAGGCUCGGUCUUGAGUUAAUAAUAAUGGUUGGCGUGGUCAAAAAGUCAAUAACGCUCGGCCUCGUGAUCGGCGAGUCAAGAAUAACGGUUGGCAUGGUCAACAAGUCAAUAACAAUGGCUGGCAUGGGAAACAAGUUAAUAACCUGGUAUCUAUGUGUUAGUUUAGCUUGCUGGUUGAACAACAGAUGGCAGAUUUAAGUUAAUUAGUUUGGUUUUUUAUGUUGCAAAACUCGAAUUAACAUUAAGUUUAAACAAUAAUUGGUUCCAUCUGUUUCAGUCGGUUUGUUUAAAGUAUGUAUGUUUUCGAUCGGUU